CCCGGGCCGGAGCGGGGGCGGGAGGGGGCGCAGGCCCGGGGGAUGCUGGGCUCGGUGAAGAUGGAGGCCCAUGACCUGGCCGAGUGGAGCUACUACCCGGAGGCGGGCGAGGUGUACUCACCGGUGACCCCAGUGCCCACUAUGGCUCCCCUCAACUCCUACAUGACCCUGAACCCUCUGAGCUCUCCCUACCCCCCCGGGGGGCUCCCUGCCUCUCCACUGCCCUCAGGACCCCUGGCGCCCCCAGCCCCCGCAGCACCCCUGGGGCCCACCUUCCCAGGCCUGGGUGCCGGUACCGGCGGUGGUGGAAGCUCAGGGUAUGGGGGCCCGGGCCCAGGGCUGGUGCAUGGGAAGGAGAUGCCAAAAGGCUACCGGCGGCCACUGGCCCAUGCCAAGCCGCCAUAUUCCUACAUCUCGCUCAUCACCAUGGCCAUCCAGCAGGCACCGGGCAAGAUGCUGACCCUGAGCGAGAUCUACCAGUGGAUCAUGGACCUCUUCCCUUACUACCGGGAGAACCAGCAGCGCUGGCAGAACUCCAUCCGCCACUCCCUGUCUUUCAACGACUGCUUUGUCAAGGUGGCGCGCUCCCCAGACAAGCCAGGCAAGGGCUCCUACUGGGCCCUGCACCCCAGCUCAGGGAACAUGUUUGAGAAUGGCUGCUACCUGCGCCGCCAGAAGCGCUUCAAGCUGGAGGAGAAGGUGAAGAAGGGGGCUGGCGGGACGUCCGCCCCGAGGAGCAGCGCAGGCUCUGCCGCCUCAGCCGCCACCACUGCUGCCACGGUCACCUCGCCCCCCCAGCCCCAGCUGCCACCGCCUGAGCCCGAGGCCCCGGGUGGGGAAGACGUGGGGGCUCUGGACUGUGGCUCACCCCCUUCCUCCACGCCCUAUUUCACUGGCCUGGAGCUCCCAGGGGAGCUGAAGCUGGAUGCUCCCUACAACUUCAACCACCCUUUCUCCAUCAACAACCUGAUGUCGGAACAGACACCAGCACCUCCUAAACUGGACGUGGGGUUUGGGGGCUACGGGGCAGAGGGUGGGGAGCCUGGGGUCUACUACCAGGGGGUCUACUCCCGCUCUCUGCUUAACGCAUCCUAGCAGGGGCACGGGAGCAUGGUGGGUGGGGUAUGGCCGUGGCGCACACCAUGGGGCGCUUGGGGCCUGAUCCACCCGGUGACACUUUGCUUGUCCUGUCAGUUAACAUCUUGGCUGGUCUAUUACUGUGGUGACUGCUGUCUCUGUGGGCAUCGUGUCUAUCCUUUGGGUACUGUGAUAACUGCCGUUGACAUUGUGGUGGGCCCACUGGGUACUACAAAGACUGCCAUCUUGAUUGAUGUUAUAAGCGGAUUCGUUGGGUGCUCUGAUGGCCGCCAUCUUGGAGGACGUCUUAGUUAGCCCUUUGGACAUGGUGAUGGACAUCCUCUUGACUGAUCCUUUGGAUGUGAUGGUGAUACCAUUUCAGUUACAUCUUCUUUGGCCCGUGGGGUGGUGUGAUCACUUCUUUUUUGGUGAGCUUGGCAUAGUAGAUGCCAGGUUGGCCAACAUCCUGCAUAACGUCUUUAUUUGGCCCAUUGGGUGCUCUGAUGGCCACCAUCUUGGUUGGAGGACAUAACCGGUGAACCAUUGUGCACCUGACAGCUAUCACAGCCCCUUUGGUGUGAGUUGAGUGAGGAAUGGAGGUGAGAAUCCUCCUUGGUUUUUUCUGGAGCCCAUUCCCCCUUCUGGUCCAGGAGAAUCCAGAAAGGACUGGCUAAGGUUUGGGAAAUUUCUACUGAAAUCUGGUUCUUGCCUGGGGAGUGGGAUACUGGCUGUGUUUGACCAUUAAAGGCACUGUUUCUGCCUCUCA